AUGGGUCAGUCACCGAGCACAUCAUCUGCAUCUGAAGGAGAUCUAGGUCACCUGCACAGCAAGUUGAUGGCACAUUUUGAUAUUAUCAAGAGUUUAGCCACCGUCACACACGCAGAGCUUGUGGAAUGCAUUGAGGAGCUUAACAUGGUAACUCGCAGCUUCACAGACAAGGCUGGCAAACAGUUGAGGUUUAUCAUAAAGAAAGGGUCAGACACCACUUUUCUUUGGAAAGGGAACCAUCAGGAUACGUUGUUUGAAGAAUCAUCAAGGCUUCUCACUCUGCGACAGUUUGUGGUCAUUUACAAUGAGAUACUGGAACAGGUCUCUACACUCUCUUCUCCACCACAAGAAACAUCCACUGAAUCGUACCCUUCCCAGAAGCCCUCAGCUUCCAGUAGACAGGAGCUUACAGCCUCAGCAUUCUUUCCUCAUCCAGAUAAAACAGACAAUGAUGAAGAGGACUCAGAAAAUGAAUGUUGUGUGUGUAUGGACAGAAAAGCCUGUAUUAUGCUGUCCUGUUGUCAUGAGUUCUGUGAGGCAUGCAUUGACAGCUGGACAAAAGAUCAGCAGCACAGCAACUGUCCCUUGUGUAGGUCCCGGGUGUCGGGGGCUGACGACACAUGGGUACUGACUGCUAAAACUGAUCCAGGAGAUUAUGCUAGUGAGCUCAAGGGCUACUUAGUGGGGAUCGCAGACAGAGUAGAUGACACACAAUCUUGA